AUGGCGUGGCUUGGAGCAGCCAUGAUGCUGUCAGAGCUGGACCUGGAGGACGUGGAGGCCCUGCACUCAGGGCCCUCGUUUCUGACGGCUGACACUUUGGGGCCCCUUCUGGAACAUUGUGAUGCUCUGUUUGGCCUGUCUUCUCUGGAGGAGCCGCUCUCCCCCUCUCAUGCACCUCCUCCUGAAGCCAAAGCCUCAGACUUGAUGCUGCCAUGGCUCGGGGCCAGUGACCUGCUGGAAGUGGAGUGUCCUCAGGAGGAAGAUGACGCUCUGCUGGCCAUGGAGUGGGUGUCUGAGAAGCUGGAGUUGCCCGAACUGGACCUGGAUUCCCUGCUGGACUCGUCUGAUGAUUGCCAAGACGCUGUGUUGACCCCAGAGCCCCAUCCCGAAGCCGCUGCCGUGAAGAGCGAGCCCCUGUCCCCAAGCAGUGGCGAGAGCCCGGCGGAGAGGGGAGACAGCGACAACGACUCCGUUCUGGACUCUGGCAUCGAGUCGUCCCCUCCACACACUCCGCAGAGCUGCAGGAGCACACCCUACAGCCGGCCGCAACCUGACACAAAGCCUCCGCGGGCCCCCAGGCCCAGGAUCAAGGGUGUGAAGACUGUGGAGAAGAAACUCAAGAAGAUGGAGCAGAACAAGACGGCCGCCACACGCUACCGGCAGAAGAAGAGGGUGGAGCAGGUUGAUCUGAACACAGAGCUCCAGCAGCUGGAGAAGAGGAACCAGGAGCUGACAGAGAAGGCCCAGGCUAUCUCCCGAGAGCUUCAGUACCUCAGAGACCUGAUGGAGGAGGUGCGGCGCCACCACCAUAACAAGAGCAGAACAGCAGCCAAGUGA